AUGGCUCCCAAGGCCACUUCCUCCGUUCGCGACCUUCAGGAAGACAAGCCGUCAUUCGGUUCUAGGUUUCUUACAGACGAAGCAGACGUAUGGAGUCAGAACGCUUGGGACCAUGUCCCUCCUCCCGAUGACCAGGCAGAGGCCAUCGCCAUCUCGCUCGCUAAGCAGCGCAGCGCUCCUGUACCAGACGAGGACAAGCAAAAAUAUAACGCUACGCCAGCUCGUCAUUGGGACAACUUUUACAAGGCAAACGCUAGCAAUUUUUUCAAGGACAGAAAAUGGCUACAUCUCGAGUUCCCCGAACUUGUUCAAGCCGCCCAGAGCUCGGCAGGUCCGAAAACGAUCGUUGAGAUCGGAUGUGGCGCCGGCAAUUCCGUCUUUCCUCUCCUGGCAGAGAACACGAACCCGGAGCUCACUAUCCAUGCGUACGACUACUCUUCCCAUGCCGUAAAGCUGGUCCAGACCAAUUCGCUGUAUCUUUCGCCACCCUGUGGUACCAUGCACUCCGCCGUAUGGGAUCUGUCAUCGGCUUCUCUUCCAGAUGGUCUCGAGCCCGGAGCCGCGGACAUUGUGGUCCUGGUCUUUGUCCUCAGUGCCCUCCAUCCCGAUGAAUGGCCUCAGGCGGUCUCCAACAUCUACAAAAUACUCAAACCUGGUGGACAUGUCUUCCUACGCGACUACGGCCGUUACGAUCUCACACAAUUGAGAUUCAAGACUGGUCGCCUACUGGACGACAACUUUUAUAUUCGGGGUGAUAAGACCCGCGUAUAUUUCUUUGACCAGGACCACAAUGCCCCUCCGGGCUGUCCCGCACACCCGCUGUUCGCUAUCUCGCAGCUUGGAGUGGAUAGACGAUUGAUCGUGAACCGCAAACGCCAAUUGAAGAUGUACCGUGUCUGGAUGCAGGGCAAGUUUCGGAAGCUGUAA